AUGGACGAUAAGUUAAUAUUGGCCGUUCUUAAUUACCCAGAGCUGUUCAACGUCACUUUGCCGAAUUACCGGUGCACAGAAAGUCGCGCGAAUGCCUGGAGAAGCAUCAGCGUUUCUCUGGGUCUUCCAUCUGAAGAGUGUAAAAGAAAAUGGAAGAACUUAAGAGACCGGUACCUAAAAGAAGUACGAAUGGAAAUCAAAAGCAAGCGGCAGGGAGACAUCAUACAAAGCAAAUGGAAAUACAGACAACUUAUGAAUUUCAUCGCCCCCUUCACUGGGUCGAGGGGUAGUGUGGCGGACAUCUGUGGAAACGACGAUGAUGACAUGCAGGACUGUUCUGAUGACCACGAGGCAGAUACCGCUUUAUCCGAGUCUGUGAAGGCACCACACAAUGCCUCGAAGGUACCUGUGAGUCCUUCUGAAAACAAGCCUCAUCUGGCCUUUGGAACACAGGUGCCCGCGCCCUCUCAGGACACACCGCUCGGAGCCAAGACGCCGUCAGUGCCGCAGAUCACCCCCCCCAGCAAAACCGGGCGGAAGAGGAAACCUGCCCUGGGGUCGGUGUCGCCGCUCUCUCCUCAGAGCACGAACUCGCCAUCCAAAUGGCUGCCCAAAGACAAUGGGGCCUCGCUCCCCACCAGGCCGCGGGACGAAGACGAGCUGUUUAUGCUCAGCUUCGUUCCGGCUCUGAAGCGACUCGCCCCGCAAAAAAGGUGCGAGACAAAAAUGAAGAUCCAGCAGAUAAUGUAUGAAGCAGAGUUCAACGUUGCCCAGGCAGAGCUGCAGGUGAAAAAGAAGGAGCUGGGAGCACAGGACAGACUUUAG